CGUGUAGAUAGAAUCACGGAGUUGGAAUUAGUUCAUUACUUGGUAUUGAAUUUUUACUAGUAUAGCCCUUUUCAGUCUGCUGCUGCAGAUUUCUCUUUGAUACUUCUUUCUGUCAAAAUCAAUUCUGUCCCCUAAAAUAAGAUUUAUUUUACUGGAGUUAAAAAUUUUAUUUCAUAACGGUUCAGUAUUUUGCCUUACAUUAAAUAUUAUUGUCUUGAGGGUCAACGUAUGUUUAAUCCUCAGAUGUCAAAGGUAGCUGCAGCUUGUGUUCCGGGUAAGUUCCACAAACAGAGUUCCCAGGAGGUAAAAAAUCAUCAUGGUGUUUCUGCUGAUGCAGAAGAGGUGAAAAAUGAUAACAUGACCCAGGCUAUAAAGAAAGUUCUUAUUGAAAAUUUUCCUGAUGAAGAGGAAACUCAUCCUCAAGUUCUUCUCUAUAAGAAUCUUUGGCUGGAGGCGGAAGCUGCGUUAUGUUCUAUCACUUACAUGGCUCGCUUUACUCGAAUGAAGACAGAGAUGGAAAAAGGACAAUUGCAAAUGACAGAAGAAAAGUCUACAGAUGCAGAGUCACCAUCAAGGUCUAAGCUACCUCCUGGUUCAAACACAUUUGAAAAUUUAGAAGCUGUUGUGAGGUGUAGCAGGGCUGCUGAUUCUUCUGUUCAGGAUUCUGUUGCCAUAGGUGCAGGCAGCCAGAUGACAGAUCUUAUGACUGGAUUUAAGGUUCACGAAUCGAUGUCCAUGAAUGCCAUUGAAGAAGGCAAGUUAAUAAUCUCAAAGGACUCCCCUGAGCCAGACUUGGUUGGAAAAUCAGAGCCUAGGGACAGAGCUGGCAUCAACUUAGAUUUUAAUGAUUUCUUAAAACUCCAGAUUAACAGCCCAAAUUCUGUGGAUGAUGUAGACACAGAAAACGACUCAUGGUCCAAAGUUUCUUCUGACUUGGACAAGGUUGAAAAUCUUUCGACUGAGAAAAUUAAGGGUAGUCCCACUGCAGAUAUCAUCCAGGAUUUCCCUGUUUCAAGCAGAACCAGUCAAUUGGAUGAUGUUGAUGCUCUGGCUAUGGCUAGAUUCAAUAUCCUGAAGCUCCGCGAUGAAACUUCAAGUUCCAUUAAUGCGGAACAGCAACAAAUGCAAGAAGGUCCUGGCCCGAGUUUUGCAUGUGACAUAACACAUUGGUCAAUCUUCAAGUGUCUCGAGGAGGAAAAAGUUAAGGACAGAGAAGAAGGGCAAACUUCUGAAAGAAGAACGCAACCUGUCUCCGAAAGUGAAGUUGCCAACUAUCUUGAGGAUGAGUUAACCGUGAAAGAGUUCUAUCUUCAUGUUAAGGACGACGCCAUGGUCCAACCUUACAGAACCAACAUGUUGGGGAGUCAAGUUUCUUCUUGUCCAGGGAUUUAUGAUGGCUCUUCAUCUGAUUGGGAGCAUGUGUAGAAGGAGGUAGUUACCAGACUUUGGGAAAACUCAAUAAGGGAUUAUCUUGUCCAGAAACUUGUUUUUCCAUAGACUUGUUUAACCAUUUUGCUACUUAUUUGAAUUGGCUGAAACGUUAUCUGAUUAUUUUAGUCCCUUUUUUCCAUUA